AUGGAAUUUGGAAUUCGUUUGAUAAAGGAAAACGUCACUACGAUAAUUCCUGCAAAAAUCGGAACAUGGCGCAUUUGGCACAGCCUGAGAAUUGUCAUCACCACCAUCACCAUCACCGUAUACCC